AUGCCGCCUCCGAAGCAACAGCAACAGCAAGAGCAACACCAUCACCGCCCCCGCCGCCCUCUGACAGCCAGGAAGUUGGACAUCGUAUACCUCGCCUUCUUUGUCAUUCAUAUCCCAGUCAUGCUAUUGGUCGACCUCGCGCCUCUGCAGCCAGCUUUCCUGCGUCCGCAAAUCUCCUAUACACUGCGCCAGUUCUACCGCGAUCACUAUCGGGACCGGUACUUCGAGGCCCCGCCAGCCUGGUUCACCGCGUACAUGUAUCUCGAGGCGAGCUAUCAUUUGCCGCUGAGCCUGUGGAUGGUGUGGAAUAUUCCGAAAGACCACAUCCUCGUCCCUCUCCAUCUCCUCGUCUUUGCCGUCGAAACCGCCCUCACCACCCUGACUUGCGUCGUUGACGUCCGCGCCUGGGAGGGAUACACGGCGCCGCAACGUAACGAUCUGUAUGCGCUGUACGUGCCGUAUUUGGUUGUUGCUUGUUUCAUGGGCUCCGACGCUUUUCUGCGCGUCAAGCGACAGAUUAUGUCUGCAAACUCGAACUCGAACUCGAAUUCGAACUCCACUACGGAAACUACGAAUACUACGACUGUUGCCGUCGAUAAAGGGAAGAGAGCAUAG